AUGAGCGCGCUACAGUACUCUUCUUCACCGUCUUCACCUACAGUUACCACUACUUCGCAAUCACCGUUAUAUUCUCAGUCGUUAAUGUCACUGCAACCGCCAUCUUCACAGCCAGUAAAGAUGAGCAGUAAUACAUUCGUUCAUAAGCUUUACAAUAUGGUUGUUGACAAACAAUACCAACAUCUUAUCGCUUGGAAUUAUACUGGCUCGUCUUUCAUAGUAUGCAAUAUUAUGGAGUUUUCACGUGAUGUCCUUCCAAAGCAUUUCAAGCAUAACAAUUUUUCAAGCUUCGUUCGUCAACUAAACAUGUACGGUUUUCACAAAGUUAAUAAAUCACCCCGGGGACAUCGUACGUUGGCUGAAAAUCAAAUAUGGGAAUUUUCUCAUCCAAAAUUUUUACGCGGACGUCCUGAUUUAUUGGACGAUAUUAAAAGAAAAGCUAUGGAAUCGGAGACUUUGCGACGGGAAACUGGUGACUUACAUGCCCAUCUUGCCAUGAUGCAAGUUACGCAAAAUGAGCUAUUACAACAGAUUAGACAGUUGCAAGAAAAUUUUGUAGAAGUUAUGAGAGAUCUAACAGAAACAAAGAAAAAACAGAACCUUCAACAAAUUUGGAUGAAGGGUAUGUGGGAUUAUUUGCAAAGCCAAGGAUCAUCUAUCCCAUUCGAAUUGAAUUUAGAAAACUUUGAAAUUAAACCCGAACCAGAAC